AUGGUCGACAUGAGUGACGAGAUCGACCUCCUGGGCUUCCCGAGGCAGGCCGAGGUCAAUGCCAGCACAUACCUCACGUUCAUCAACAGACCACACAUCGCCGCAUGCAUCCCCUGCCGUCAGGCCCUCCGCCCCGACAAGGCGAUAGAGACCCAUUUCCGCCGGGUUCACCAGCUGAAGGGCGAGACCCUCCGGUCGGUAGUCAACCUGGCACUGUCGGCGGCAUGUCUUGCGGAGCUCGAAGACCCACAUGCCUGCCGGACACUGUCUGUCCUAGACGGCUUCAGCUGGGUGAGGUGCUCCUUCCGGACCAUCAGCCGGAAGCUCCCAACGCUCCGUACCCAAAGGACUCAGCACGACUCCCGCAGCGCCGCGGGGCUCCAAACACUGUCCCAGGGUCGGUACGCUCCUUACUGGGUCGUCAGCCCCGACAGCCCCGAGGAGGAGGUCGGCACAGGAGGAGGGGACGGCCACGACGUGCUUGGAGACCGGCUAGUGAGCCGGCAAAGCAUAAUGGCGGCGGAGGACGAACGGUGGGGCCGGAUAAUACUCACUACAGGCGACAUUAACUAG